AUGGGCAUCCAUGCUGUUAGCGUCAUGCUAGAGGCUCUCAAUAGAGAUGCCCAACAUGCUACUAUCGCCAAGUUCAUUCAAAAUGAACUUGACGCCGAACGCGAGAAAGUAGCCUUGCUUCACCAACAAGGUUCUCAACAAGCAGAGUUGUUGAGAGAACAGGGCGCUCAACAGUUUGAACAGUUGAGACAGCAGCAGGCUGCUGCUGGUGGGUCGAUGCAUUCGCGUCGACCCGAGACUUUGAAGAUUGACAUCUCCAAGUAUAGGGGAGUCGAAGAGGACUCCCUCUUGAGAUGGUUCGUCGAAUUGGAUGACGCCAUAAGGGCACGUCGCAUCGACGACGGGGAUAUGCAAGUUGCAUUUGCCCAGUCAAAUCUGGCAGGACGUGCCAAGACUUGGGCACUGGGGCUCAAGUUGCACGACCCAUAUGCGUUUGGGUCGCUGGAAGUCUUCAAUUCGCGGCUCAGACAAACGUUUGAACCGCCUAGAGCUGAGUUCAGAGCUCGAACCGAACUCUUGAAGCUCAAGCAGGGUAAGCGUGAUGUGCACGCUUACGCGCAAAAUAUACGACAUCUUACGAGUUGUAUUCACUAG